AUGUCAACCACAACUACGCAAACUCGCGCUUCGGUCCCACUUCUAGCGGACUAUGAGCUACACCACAGCGGAAGCCAAGUGAAUGAACCUCCAGCCUCUUCACCCUCACAACAAAUAUCCUGGCCAGCCCACUAUCGCAGAAUACCUCCUCAUCGGCCCAUCAACUACAAUCUUGAUUACGACGAGAGACCGGCUGGCUCCAACCCAGCCGAGACACAGACUGACAUCUCUAGUCGAUCGCUAAAUUAUGGCGGAAAACGGGCGGAAGGAUCAACGACAGGAUCUUCCGAUAUGAAGUUGGAGGAGAAUGGUAGUGGAGGAAUGCGGGGAUAUCGGGGUGCCCACAUUUCGGUCCCCCGCUUUUCUCUAUAG